ACUCGUAAAGCAAUCACUGGCUGGAAGUGGCGGCCAAUGGCGCGCGACACCGCCGGGCCGGCAGCCAAUGGAAUGCGCGCAAAACGUGGGCACGUGGAUCCGCGCACAUGUUGACGCUCGUAAACUGCCGAGAGAAAGAGCCAGCAAAGACACAAACCGAUGAGCGGCCGUGCCGGGCGGUGUGUGUGAGCGUGUGUGUGUGUGUGACAGAGAGAGAGAGAGCGCUGAGGCUGGACGCCCCGAUGCUGCUCCAGCUCCGGAGUGCGCACUGACGGAUCUGUUUCAUCAAAGUGGGAGAUUGAGCCGUUAACGACUGUUUGUGGCAGCUGCUGGUUUUAUCUGACAUUACUGAAGCAAUGCAGUCCCAGGGCAGCACUUCCUCUCAGCCCUCCUUUGAUUCCCUGAGCUCCAGCGACAGUCUCUUGUUCAGCGACUCUGAGCAGGCGGAAGACGACACAGACGUCUUCCUGACAGACAGCUCUUCCUCUGUCAUCAUCGGCGGCGUGGGCGGGGCUACAGCCAGUGGAGACAGAGGAUCAGAGAGCCCUGGGUCCCAGUGGACGUGCGACGGCUUCACAGAUAAAGAGGAAGAGGAGGAGUCGUACAGGUCGGAGAGCGCCGGCAAGGCAGCUCACAUCGAGACUGAUCCAGGACGCCAGAUCCCAAAAUCACAGGGAGACCUGCUCUUUGCUCAAAAGUGUGCUGAGCUACAGGGUUUUGUCCGGCCCCUGCUGGAGCUGCUGAAUGGACUGAAGAGGGGCCGAUUCGAUCGAGGUUUGAGUAGUUUUCAGCAGAGCGUCGCCAUGGAUAGAAUCCAGAGGAUCGUGGGGGUUUUGCAGAGACCCAACAGCGGGGAGAAGUACCUGAACACUCUGCUCCAGGUGGAGAUAAUGCUGAAGCUUUGGUUUCCUCAGAUCUCCACCCAGCCUGUCUCUGCUGCCUCCAGCGUCGCCGCGUCGCCCGCUCGCUCCCUCCAGGACACUUCCAGCUCUACCCCACCACACAAGCACAGGGAUCAGUUACACAUUCCCGUCAAGAAGCGCAGGCUCAGCUGGACAGGUACAGACUCCCCCACGCCCUCCCCUGUGCUUCUCAAGUGCCCUCGUAUCAGCGCGGAAGACAAGAGGGUGAAGCAAGAUCAUGAUGAAAGGGACGGCCCUCCUCCUCCAUCACUGGCACCUGAUGCAAACCAAAACUCACCAGAUGUGGCCCACAACAGCCAGCUAAACGAGGACACAAAGGGAAAGGACAGUGACAGCGAGGAACUAGGCAGGCAAUCAAAAUACAAAGCCGGCCACAGCUCUGAGCCGAGCCUGACGUGGGUUCACGUUGCCCCCAUCCUGUCCCCACGGAAGGCCUGCCCUCCAUCUGUGGUGGGCAACAAUGAAAACCAACCCGUCGCUGCUAUCCUCCCACCCACCAGGAGGGGCAGUCCAGCCACACAAGACAGCUCCAUCUCCUCCACCACACCCUACAAGCACCCCAAAAAUCUGAAGAAGCCAACCCGGUGCCAAAGCCAGCCUACUGCUGGACAACAGAGCGAGACCGCCGAGACAUGUCAGGAUCGAAGUCAGUCUCCUCAAGUCAUGCUCACGCCUUUGCCCGGGGGGUGCCCCACCCCUUUGGAGACCUGAACCAGCAAAGAGUCGGCAGCCUCGCCUCGUUACAUCACCGGGCUAAAAGCUGCUGAGUGAGGAAGAAGGGAAGAGGCUGAAGGCCUGUGAUUAUACAUGCAUUAAAGGGAGGAAGGGGAGGAAAGAAUUGUAGGUGAUAAAUGAUGGAUCAUAUAUAACCCCUCAUCAAAACCACAACUGCAACCAAUAUUUCAAACAACAGGACAUUAUGCGUUUAAUAAAAUCUACUUGGGUUCAUAAUCAUAAUUACAUAAUAAUCAAAACAUGCACAAAAGCAGUUGUGGUCGAGGGGGAUAGGAAAGAACACCUAAAGCUAUGUACAGCUUAUUGAGUAACGAUCAAUAGGAGAGAUUUUGGAACAUUGGGAGGAGUAAAUAAUGAGUUCUCUUCAGCAUGAAAGCAAUCACUACAUUCAGAGAUGACUGUUUCAGCAGACAUUUGACUUGAGGGACACACAUGUCCUGAAAUUAGAAAAGCUGAUGUCAAUAUUCGAAGCUUCCAGCAUUUAUUGUGAUGAGGUAACUUCAGUUGAGUGUGAGUAACACAGGGUGAGCUGAGUGUGACGCCAGUCUUAUGGCAGUUACAUUCACUUGUAGAUAGAAUCAAGGCAUCUGGCUUAAAGAGGAAACAUUGAAAAUCUUGUAGCUAGAGAUGUGAGAAUUACAGUGUACAGAACGCAGCAUUAUACUGUACGUGUGGUGUGUCGGAGUCAUCGGAGACUGUGGAAAAAAUGAUGCCAUCAACUCACGAAUGUAAUCCAAGAACUGUUUGGGCACUUGGCAUCGAGAGGCGUGUCAUCACAGCGACAGAUCACAGGUCAGCUUUUCUCAUCAGGCUGUGGAUUUCCACCUGGUCCUCGACUGCAAACUGACCGCCAAUCAGUGAAAAUCCUAAGAAAGACUUUUAAAAGACCAGCAGGCGGAAAAAAAAUAAACAAGGACCACUCAAAGAUAUUUGACUCUCGAGUCCCACAGUUAAUUUAUUCAUGUGUUGAUCGGACACUGCGUUUAUUUAUUGUUUGUAUUUAUUUAUUGGGCAGCUGAAUAUCGUCUGCUGUGCACUCGCACAGUCUGGCCUACAAUUGUUUUUGAGGCGUUUGGGAAGAUGCUGUUGACUGUUUGUGGUUUUUAUUGCUAUCACGAGGAAAAAAAACAAGAAAACAAAAACGAAGGAAGUGAAACGUUAUGAUUGGACUAUUGGACUACUGUGCCUUUUUACCAAAUCGGAUGUGUUAGGAAAAGCGUUUGGUGCUUUCAGUGCAUUCAUACUGCGUUUUGAUUGUUUGCUUGAAUUUCACAAAACCAGUACACAUUCAAUCAUGGAAAAGCCGACAUGUAGUCGUUUCCAUCUGGCUUCUAAGGUAACACACAGCUUCCAAAUCAACACUAUCACUGACUGUCUAUCUGUAGUAGAUAUAGGAACAUUGAUGCCUCAUUGGCCACUGGAUCGUACGUCAACGUCACUGCCAUAUUGGAGAGAGCAGGACUUGUCUGUAAACAAAUGCAAGUAAAUAGAGUUUUUUCUGGAUAAAAAGCACUAUCGCUUUACAAUUCUUAACCAGUAUCAACAAGUCCUUUUUAUAUUCAAGGGUUUAUGAUCUAUGAGUGGUAGGAAAAAAAAGCUUUGUCUCCAUUUAAGUAGAAUAGUCAGUUAAUAGUUAGCGUAUAAUUGCGUCUGGACACUCAAUAGCAUGUGUGUUGGGCUAUCAUGAACUGAAUUACAUGGUGAAAAGUAAUUCAUCUUUAUAUGGAAUUGUAAAAACUCAAGUCUGUCAGGCAUGGAUUUGGCUUAUUUUCUUUUGUUAAUACAUGUGGAGACCUCCCUAUAGCUAUAAUUUGACUUAAUGUGGAAGUAGGCAACUUUUCCAGUAGCUAGCGCUCUAGCUAGCUAACAGUAUCUGCUUAUCAACUCCUUGACCAUAAAACAAGAAGUGACUGUAAUCGCUGCUUAUCUUAGAAAGACCACAGCAAGAAAAUUAGUUCUUUUUUUAUGCUACAUAAUGUUCAUGUAGGUUGAGUUCGGAUACAGCGCUUAAAGUUGCUCAGUGGUGCAUGAAGCCAAAAACAUUCAACUGCAGCGUAUAAAAUUACCAAGAGGACAAGCUGGCUCCUUCUGCUUUAACGCUCUGCUAACUUGAAUGCAGAUAAAAUGAUUUAAUCUUACGUCUCUUCUAGACUUUCUAAAUUUCAUGCGACCAAAUGCAUCAUAUCAUAUCCUGAUAGUGAACACAGUUUGCGGGAGUUGUGACACUCAAGAAGACAUCUUUUUCACAAUGUAGGUUUCUACCGUUUUUUUUUUCCCGUUAAAGGGUUUUUUUGGGGGAGUUUUUCCUCAUCUGCUGCGAGGGUCAUAAGGACAGAGGGAUGUCGUAUGCUGUAAAGUCCUGUGACGCAAAUUGUGAUUUGUGAUAUUGGGCUUUAUAAAUAAAAUUGAUUGAUUGAUUGAUUGAUAGGAAAAAGCCUGGCAGGCCUGGAAGUUGUAAUUCCACUGUUUGGCCACUACAAAAAUUGGAUUCAAAACCCAGCACACUUCCCCGGGGCUAUAUCUGCACACAGGCAUGAUCCUGGGAGAGUAAAGGCUCGCUAACAUUAGCACGCUAGCUACGUUAGCUAUUCUGGGAAGCCAAAAACGAACAUUUAUAAUCCAUUGUACAUUUGAUAGCUAGCUAGUGCUAUUUUAAAGAUUGUCUACUUCCACAUUAAAUUAUAAAACAAGGAAAAUAAAACAAAUCCACGCUUGACAAACGUACGUUGAUCAAUUAUUUUUAACCACGUUAUGCUAACGUUAGGAAUUCAUCUUAUGUAUGCCUAACACACCCCUCUUCUGAGUGUCCAGCAGCAAUAUUAGCCAAAAUAUUGAGAUUUAGAUUAACAGGAGACAAACCUUUUUUUCCUUUUUAGCACAUGUAGAUCAUUAACCCAUGAAUACUAAAAUGACUCACUGUAAUCGGCUGAGAGGUUUAAAUGUUGGAAAAAAUGGUGCUCCCUAAUUACUUGUAUUUGUUUACAGGCAAGUUUUGCCCUCUCCAAUAUGGCGGCAAUGUUGACUUAACGCUGCAACGAGCUGGUACAGCGAAUGCGCCAUCUAUGUAUAUAUCUCUAUGUCUAUCUACUGCUCAAAAAACUGCGUCCAGCUCUAGUAUUCAGACAUCUACAAUAACCUGCUUACAUGUCCAACUUUCACACACACCAACAGCAGUGGCUACUGUUUGUCAUGUAUUAUAAAGGUGUAGCCUUCCUUUAGAGCUUUUCUUUCGGUUCUGAUCAACAGAGGAACAGACUGAGCUGCACUUGUAGCUGGUGCUUUUGAAAACUUGAAAAAACGAAACAGAAAAUAUAAAUGUAAAUGCAUGAAUUUUUUUUAUUUGCACCAUCCUCUACUGCUGCUAUUGUUAUCCUGAUUCCAGUUUGAUAGGAGAAAUCUGGAAAUCUGCUCACAAUAUUCUUCUCAAUGUCGGAAGGGUUUCAGCAAUGUGAUUGGGUUUACCUAUAUUGCAAAAGUAUUGUAAAUAUUUAAACUAAAAAAAAAUAUUUUUAAAAUUGGUAUGAGUGGUUCAUACACUAUUUACAUAAAUAGAAGAGGAGGGAUCUCCGCGUACCAGACUCCUUUGAAAAAAGCACCACGUGUGAACACAGAGCCACUGGCAGCCUCCGUUUAACUGUGUUUGCGGAGGAAGGAGCGUACAGACCCUCAGUCACAGACCCAGAGUCAGACCGUUUUACCCCAUCACGUACCACAGGCUGACUCUGGACCAGAGGCUGGGGGUAUCCUCCACCCCACUGCUGUUUUUACACGGCUGUGGUGUGACAGAGAAACCAAUUGCACUUAUUUUUCAUUGUUUAUGUCCUAUUUUUUUUUUUCGUGUGUGUUUUCUACUGCAGCGACCACUGCUGAUUGGUCAGAAAUAAUAUGUCUUGUUUAUUUUAGCUGCCUUUAUUUUUUUCUUAAACUGUAAAAGCUGACUGUAGUUCCCCUCCUCGCCUCCCCUCCCCUCCCCCACUCUGCUGCAUUCGUCUGCCCUUGCCCUCUCUCCUUCAUCUCCCUCAAUCCUGUUAGUAUCUUUUCUUUCUAAACUAAACUCCCGUCUUUCUCUCAACCCCCCAUCUUUACAUGAUAUUACUCUUCUGGCUACUUUUUCAAUAAUGAUGAACAGGAAAAAGAAAUCUUUUA